AUGUCUUGCAUAAGAAGACUAUCGACAAUAGGGAAAAGAUAUUUCUCUAAAAACUGGAAUUAUAAUCAAUUUGUCGAUGAAGUCUUCAAAAAUGAUCUUUUUUUACAAGUAAUUUUCCCUCAAAGAGAUGAGUAUGCGGAGGAAAUUAGCAUAAAAAAUUUCACAGACAAAAUCAUUGACUCAGCAUUUAUAAGACCACCAAAAUUGGAGCAUGAGCUUGAAAGAAUUGUCAGGACUGAAGGAAUAUAUAAAUCUGAAGAAUUUGCCAAGCUUAAUAAUGACGAUUUCAUACAAAAAAUUCUUAAACCUUCUCCCGAAGCUGUGGCCAGAUUUCAAGCUUAUCGUCCUCCAUCUCAAGAUGAUUUUCUUCUGCAAAAAGGAAAAGAAGCAGGGGUUAAAUUUAUCACAGGCUCCUCCAGUAUAACUUCAGCAAUGCAGCAGAUUUACUAUACAAUCUCCAAUUUCAAGUCUCCAGAUGUGACUGGCUUAGCAAAAAAUUACGAUAACCAGAAUAUGAACUAUAUGUCUGCCUAUAGGAAGCCUACAACUUUAAUGCUAAGAAAAGUGGAUCAAAAUUUAUAUGCCAUUGAUGGAGAUCAUGGACCUUUACCCACUUCCAAUGAAGCUUUGACCACAAUGGGGAUUGUGUUGGAGACUAUGUUUACUACUGAAAAAGAAUUAUUUAAAAGAGUUAUGGACCCAACCGUAGAAAUCUCAAAAGAAGACAUGGAAAUUUUACAUUCAUCCAGCAGGUCUUACAGAUAUAGGCAGCUAGGGAAUAUUUUAGUACGUUCACAGAUUGAUUGUGAGUCAGUCUCAGAAACUGGCGAAUAUUUUGUAUUUGAAAUAAAGACCCGAGCAUGUGCUCCUAUCAGAUAUGAUGUCAAAAAUUGGGAAAAUUAUUUAGACUAUAAAAUUGAAACACGAACAGGAGUCCAUUCUUCAUAUGAAAGAGAAUAUUUUGAUUUAUGCAGAAGCAUUCUAUUAAAAUACUUUUUCCAAAUAAAAAUGGGGAGAAUGGACGGAGCGUUUGUAGCGUAUCAUAACUUGCAAGAGCUGUUUGGAUAUGAGUAUAUGAGGCUUGAAGAAAUGGAAAAAAGGCUUUUUGGGGGGAGUGAUUUUGCUGACCAAAUAUUGAAAAGCUGUGCAUGCAUUCUUCAAGAUGCACUGCAAGAUGCUAUUGCUUUGUUUCCAAAUGAUCCAAUGCUUAAAAUCGGUUUUUAUGCUAUGUAUAGGUCAGAUGAACUUUUUAUUACUAUUGAAAGAUUUGAUGAAAUGGAGCAAUGGAAUGACCAUACUAAACAAAUUGAAGGAAUCGAAGAUGAGCUUGACUAUUAUGAAGCCUUUCACCCAGGAAAAACUGCUUAUACGCUUGGCCGACGAUUUUACCCUCACAUUAAUGGAAUACUCCAAAAAGAGCCGCUUUUCUUGGAGCCUGGUGACAAAUUUUCCAUAAAGCAAAUAAAAUACACCAAAGGCACCAUGGCCUAUAAUGAAUAUAUGUACUUCUUGCAUUCAGCAUAUAAAAUUGAUACUCUAGCCCAUCAUAAAGACUUUGCUGGGUUGUGGAAGAAAUUUAACGAUUUUCACAUCUACAGGAAACCUUUAUAUAGGGAAUCAAGCUAA